AAAUCAUACCUUCAAUCGUGAAAAUCCUUGUAAUAAUUAAUGGCAGAUCAGCAGCUAAAACCUGUAGCAGGGCUUCUUCUGUUCCUCAACUUUUGCAUGUAUGCUGUUGUUUUAGGCAUCGGUGGAUGGGCGAUGAACAGAGCAAUUGAUCAUGGUUUUAUAAUCGGUGCUGGGUACGAUCUGCCUGCACAUUUCUCACCGGUGUAUUUUCCGAUGGGCAACGCCGCCACUGGAUUCUUUGUGGUGUUUGCUCUGAUCGCCGGAGUUGUUGGAGUUGCGGCGGCUAUCUCGGGAUUGAACCAUAUUCGUUAUUGGGAUGCCGAUAGCUUGCCUUCUGCCGCCUCUGCCGCCAGCAUUGCAUGGACUCUCACACUUCUUGCCAUGGGGUUUGCAUGGAAAGAGAUUGAUCUGGGUAGAAGAAACGCACGUUUGAGAACAAUGGAGGCUUUCAUUAUUAUCCUGUCUGCAACUCAGCUCUUUUACAUUGCUGCCAUUCAUGGAGCUGCUUCAAGGAAAAGAACUUAUUAACAUCAAUAAAUAUAUAAAAAAAAUUAUAUAUGUAUAUAUGUGUGUAUCUAUUUUGAGGUUUGUGCUUUAUUUAUAUUUUUUAUUUCAAUUUUUUUAUUUAUCUUGGAUUAUGACAGUAUGUUGUCUGAUUACUGUAACAGAUAUAUGUUUGAUUUAAUUUGUGUGAAGCAAAUAAAAGAGUGAAUACAGUUUCACAACUUCAUC